AUGCCCCAAGUUCCAGUAAUCGUCUGCGAGAUCUUUGAUGCAUGGGGAAUGGAUUUUAUGGGGACCCUUCCCAUCUUCCUAUGGUAUGGAGUGCCUCGAGCUAUAGUCUCAGACCAAGGAACACACUUCUGCAAUUGCACCAUCGAAGCAUUGAUGAGGAAAUAUGGUGUCCACCAUAGGUUAUCCACACCUUACCACCCUCAGUUUAAUGGCCAGACAAAAAUUUCUAAUCGGGAAAUCAAAGCAAUAUUGUUGGUCUUUGGAAAAAUGUGCCACCUACCAUUGGAAAUAGAACACAAGGCCUAUUGGGCCAUCAAGGAGAUGAAUAUGAAGGCACAGGCAUGUGAAGAAGAGAGAAAGCUGCAAUUGCAAGAGCUGGAGGAAUUGAGACUGGAAUCAUAUGAUUCGGCAAUGUGGUACAAGGAGAGAACAAAACUCUGGCAUGACAAGAACCUCCGGGUCAAGGAAUUGCAAGUUGGGUAG